AUGGCCAGAAGAACCUUCUUCACCUUUCUGCUUUUAACCCUGUUUGCUUUCUCAUCUCUGAAUCGCAUUCAAGCUUCGAGCCGCAGAGUUCUCCUACAGCAAUACGGUUAUGGUCAAGGUGGCAGCGGCGGGGAUGAAAGUGGUGGUGGCGGCGGCAAGGGUGGCGAGGGUGGUUAUGGUGGCGGUGGCGGUGAAAAAGGUGGUGGUGGUGAUGACAAAGGAGGAGGAGGCGGCGGCGGGGGGGAUGAAAGUGGUAGUGGUGGCAAGGGUGGCCAGGGUGGUUAUGGUGGCGGUGGCGGUGGCGGUGAAAAAGGUGGUGGCGGUGAUGACAAAGGAGGAGGAGGCGGCGACUCCUGUGACCAUGGCCAUGAUGAGUCAUGCGGCUGCGGUCACGACAUGUGCGACCAUGGUCGUGGUUAUGAUCAUCAUGGUGGUAGAGGACCCAUCUGUCCAUUUCUUCCUUGGUUUAACAAUGGCGGCCCUUGGUGGUGGCUUAAAGAUCUCAAAACCUCCAUCCAACAAGCACGUGCCCCAAACACUACUCCAUGA